UGGCUGCCAUGGACAUGCCGUCUGUGCGGCAGCAAUGUGAUUUUAGUAAUUUUGAGUAUUGCAAAGCCAUCGAAUGUGGUGUAAAUCCCUCUUAUCCGCGCGAACUAAAUACAGUGCAACUUAAUCGAUGCACAAAAAACAUACGGAGCCAUUUGCAGAAGUGGAAAGUCGCUGCAUAUGAUGUGAAUGUCGAGUGGAAAGUGAUCCUGCGAUGUGGUUUGUUCGACGUCGAUGCAUAUACCGAUAAGACAAUGUGUCAUGCGCAUUGGCCUAGAUACAAGUUAGGGUUGAGUUGGACAUCAUCAAGGAAAUGUUGUCAUCCACUCCAUAAAGGGAAAGGCAAACCAUUCCGUGGUGAAUAAAGCAACUAGCCGUGAGAUCAUAGAUGUUUGAUCGAUGGGGUACCCUGAUCACUGUUGGAACAGGUAUCUGUAGAGGUGGUCUAUCUAAGCACAAACAAGCAGUUACGCACCAGACAGCGGAACAAUUACCACCUAGCGAUGUGCUCACUAAGGAACAAGAAGGGCAGCAGUGUACAAUCAGAGAUUUCACAUCGCCGGCUGGUGUACCAUCUCUCCAACCCACCGACACAGAGUGCACUUCAGUUCAUGAGCAUUCACCUGAGUCCACAUCAACUGAUGGAGAUAUUACACAGGAUGUAGGUGCACUUGACUCUUCUUGGGAUCCAACCCCCCGACCAAAGAAUGUGGAGCUGCAAUCCCUGAACACUUUCCUUACUCAGGGUGGAAUGUCUGCUGUUGAUGGGCAGCUUCGUCUGUCAUUAGAAGAAGCAUCUGAUAAGACCAUCCGUUAUUAUAGAAGGAAGGCAAAGGAAGCCUUUGGUUUAGUUCUUCAUUGUUUAGCACCAGGUCAAGAAGAUGGGCUCAUAAAGAUUACCAUCGGUGAAACAACUGCUGAAUCAUCACAAAGUGGUCAAGAUUUUGAUAGUAGUACCCGUUUUCAUUUUUUUUAUUGCAUCCUUUUUUACCAACAUUUUUGCAUUAGUGGUUCCAUGUUCUCUUCCUUUACGUAUUUUGUGUUUAAACAAAAGGUUAUCAUGGUUUGUUAUUGGAAGACAGUGACUGUUCUUGUUUUUUAAUGUUAAUUUAAGAAGGAAAACGAUUUUCUUGAUUUAUAUUCAAAUUUUGUUUCG